ACCGCUUGGGUGCCAGAGAACAAGACAACCGACUUCACUCUUUGAGCCAAAGGGAAGCCAGAUAAUCAGCCAGCCGACAGCCACCAUGAGCAGCCACUCUACCGCCCGCACCUCCUACCGCCGCACCUUCGGCAGCCCCUCCGCCGCCAUGCACUCCUACACGCCCCUCUCGUCCCGUAUGAUGCCCCACUCCAGCCGCUACCUGAGCUCCAUGCCCAACGCCAUGCCCCAGCGCCAGGGGGCCUACCGGGCGCGCUCCAGCACCCCGACCGCGCGCCUCUCCUACGACAAGGUGGACUUCAGCCUGGCCGAGGCGGUCAACCAGGAGUUCCUGACCACGCGCAGCAACGAGAAGCAGGAGCUGCAGGAGCUCAACGACCGCUUCGCCAGCUUCAUCGACAAGGUGCGCUACCUGGAGCAGCAGAACUCCGGGCUGCAGGCCGAGCUGAGCCAGUACAAGGGCCAGCAGCAGCAGGGCCAGCCCAACCGCGCCACCGACCUCUGCCAGCAGGAGAUGCGCGAGCUCCGGAGGCAGCUGGAACUCGUGGGGAAGGACCGCGACGAGAUCCAGGUGGAGAGGGACAACCUGGCCGAGGACCUGGCCCUCAUGAAGCAGAAGUUCGAUGAGGAAAUGCAGAAGAAGCAGGAGGCUGAAAAUAACCUAGUCCUCUUCCGUAAGGAUGUGGACGACGCCACUCUGUCUCGUCUGGAGCUGGAGAGGAAAAUCGAAUCGUUGAUGGAUGAGAUCGAGUUCCUCAAGAAGCUCCAUGAUGAGGAGAUCCAGGACGUGCAGGUGACUCACCAGACUCAGCAGAUGAAGUUUGAGGUGGAGACCCAGCAGGCCCGUCCGGACCUCACCGCCGCCCUGAGGGACAUCCGGGCCCAGUACGAGAACAUCGCCUCCAAGAACAUGCAGGAGUCUGAGGAGUGGUACAAGUCCAAGUUUACUGACCUGACAGAGUCGGCUAAGCGUAAUAAUGAUGCCAUGAGGCAGGCCAAGCAGGAGUCCAACGAGUAUCGCCGGCAGAUCCAGGCCCUCAGCUGUGAGGUCGAGGCUCUGAAGAGCACGAAUGAGGCUCUUCUGAGGCAGAUGCGCCAAAUGGAGGAUCAGUUUGGCGUGGAGGCUGGCAACUACCAGGACAACGUGGCUCGUCUGGAGGAGGAGAUCCGCCACCUGAAGGACGAGAUGUCCCGUCAUCUGAGGGAGUACCAGGACCUGCUCAAUGUCAAGAUGGCGCUGGACAUUGAGAUCGCCACCUACAGGAAGCUGCUGGAGGGAGAGGAGAGCAGGAUCGUCAUGCCCAUGCACAUGUCCUCCAUGCGUGGUGGCUCUGCUGAUUAUGAUGAUAAACCAGAACCUGGACAUGGAAAGAAAGUUGUGAUCAAGACUGUUGAGACCCGUGAUGGAGAGGUGGUGAAGGAGUCUAGGAAGGAAAAGGAUGCCCACGAUAGCCGUGACAAGAGUGAUUCCCGCGACUCCCGUGACUCCCGUGAUUCCCGUGAUUCCCGCGAUUCCCAUGAUUCCCGUGACUCCCAUGAUUCCCGUGGUGGCCGUGACUCCAAAGACUCCGACAGGGACGAGUAAAUGAGCGCGCUGAUAUCAGCUGAAUGUUCCAGGGUCAAGAAUAGUGUGAGCGAUAGGGUAAAAAAAAAAUAAUAAUGAAAGGGAAUGAAAAUCAUGGAAAUCAUGAAAAAAGAGAUAAAAAGCUGCUUGAAUCAUAUGUACUGCUAAUUGUUGAAAAAAAACCAGACAUCAUGAAUGCUAGACAGGAUAAAUGGGAGCCUUUUUAUGUUUUUGACUCAAAACUGUGAGCCAUGAGCAAAGUAGAUUUUUGCUCUUCCUGAUAACCCUCUUCCCCAGAGUGUAGCCUGUAUGCACUGAACUGUAAAUUCAGUCACUGACUGUGACAAUGGUGCUACAAUUCAACACUCACAUUGCCAAUUAUAAACUUGGUAUUGUUCAAUGGCAACAUUUUAAAUUAUAGACAAGAGAACAACCACUUGACACAAGUACUCAAAAACUGAAGCAGACACUUUAACACAGACGUAAACCUUAUGAAUGUACUGACAUAGUCACUGAUAUGGGGAUGAUUGUAGAGUUUGGUAGGUGCAUGUUUGUGUUGGCGCAAGCCCUACCUAGUCACCUUCAGUCAAACACCACCUGAGGCCUUGAUUUACAGGAAAAAAAAACAACAACUAGAAUUUUCUCAAGUAAUAUGUUUUGUAUCUAUACCUAACACCUCAAAUUCAACACUCGCCACAAAACUGUAUCCAAAAGGGAGACCUUUUAACAGUAAUAACCACUUCUCUGUUUUAUAGUAUCCUAUCAGUAUAGUCACUGCCAGGUUUUGAUCAGACGAUUUAGAUGGAUGGCAUUUGUGGGCUUGCAAAGAGUAGACUAGCCUGUGUCAGAUGGCCCUGUGUUGGUACAUAUAGUAACAGCUCAACCUCAUCUCUAAUUGAGCAAGUUAGGCAUGAUGGAUUCCACUAUACUGCACACCCCAUAACAAGAACACCUCAUUCACUGCAGGGAUAUGUUUGUUUUGCUGUUUUUUGGGAAUGUUUGGCAACUUUAGAGAAUUCACUACUAGAUAGGAUUACAAUGAAAAUGCAAAUAAAGAACACUGGA